AAUCUACGUAAAACCCAAGUGACCUUUUGCUUAAAUCAUGGCUGGGUCAGGAUUUAUAAAGGGAGUCGGCGACAGAAAAGCAUGAAAGACCCUGAAGAAUACUGAGAACACGCAUGAUGGCAGCCGUGCACUGGAGUCUAUGGGCUGCGGCGCUCUGGCCCAGUCUCCUCACCGCCUGCAUCCCACUGGACUGCAGCGGCGAGCCGGGCGGCGUCUCCCGCUGCCCGUCCAUCACCCAGGAGAAGCUCCUGGAUCGAGUCAUCCAGCAUGCCGAGCUCAUCUAUCGCGUGUCGGAGGAAUCCUGCUCCUUGUUUGAGGAGAUGUUUGUCCCAUUUCCACUGCGGCUCCAGAGGAAUCAGGCGGGCUCCGCGUGCAUCACCAAAGCGCUGCCCAUCCCCAGUUCAAAGAGUGAAAUCCAACAGAUAUCUGACAAAUGGCUGCUCCACUCGGUGCUGAUGCUGGUCCAGUCCUGGAUCGAGCCCCUGGUUUACCUGCAGACCACACUGGACCGCUACGAUGACGCGCCCGACAUGCUGCUCAACAAAACCAAGUGGGUGUCUGACAAACUGAUCAGCCUGGAGCAAGGGGUGGUGGUGCUCAUCCAAAAGAUGCUGGAUGAGGGCAUGUUGACAACAAACCACAGCGAACAAAGCCUCCUCCAAUACGAUGAGCAGCCUGAGAUGCUGGAAUCCGUCAUGAGAGACUACGCUUUGCUCAGCUGCUUCAAAAAAGACGCCCAUAAGAUGGAGUUGUUCCUCAAGCUCCUCAAGUGUCGACAAACUGACAAAUACAACUGUGCAUAAGGCGUAAAGAGCGGCUUUUGAAUAGCACACUGCUUCGCUUUAAAUGAACUCUUGAGGUUCAUAGCCGUGCACUUAUAGAUAUGACCAUGCCGUAGGCGAUCCAGCCUUGCUUGCACUGCAGUACAUUUUUUAUUGAUUGUUUUACAACACCUUCACACAGAACUAGGUAGGUGUAAUGCUGUGCCCUUUCUUCAAUGCUGCAUUUUAUAUUCUCCAACUCAGUUGUUAUUUUAACCUGGCAAAGGCAACAGAGGGCAAACUCCCAAAAGAUUAUUUGCGUGUCGAGCUGUCAAAAAAAUCUGCAUAUCCUGCCAUUGAUUUCCAUUUUCUUUGUUCUUAACUGGAGUUUGUAUUCCUCGCUGGCUCCUGCAGUCUUCUGAUUAUUCCCACGGCCCCUAGAGUAUUCAGUGAGACUCCCUUUUUAAAUAGAGUUGGUUUCACUUCUGCAUUAGUGAAAUGAAACACUUUCGCUGGAGAUGGGAGUCAAACAGAGAGCAAUCACUACUUAGGAAAAAAAAGACACAUUUUGAUUGGUGAAGGAGUGUGGAGGGAGAACAAAGCUAGAAUGAGAGCCUACACUCAUCUGGAGUUUGUACUAAACACAAGUUUGGAUUUGUUGCGUUCAUCUCAAAGCAUCACAAAAGAACAUGAUAUGAUGUCUUGAAAAUAUGCUUCAUUUCAUGUAAAAGAGCUGGGGAUGUAGAAGUAUGACUUAAUUGGUAGAUGUUGUGAAUAUUAAAAUGCAGAAUGAAAAUUAGUUCUGUACUCUCACGUGGAAACUGAGGAGAAGCCAGCUGAUCUGUGAAAGCCUUAACUGCUGCUGAUUUGAAAUUCUAAUAAAGCAAGUUGCAACUGGC